AAUGGUUAGAAAUAUAUUUCUAAAAAUAUAAAUCUAUAUACUUGAUUUACGAGGUAAUUCUGCUAAUUAUGAAAACAGAAAAAAAAGGAUAAUUUUAUCUAUACUGGUUUAGGAAAAUAGAUAUGAACAUAUCUAUAUAAACCCUUGUAGUCCGAAGAACAAACAUAUAAAAACACAAGAUUAAAAUUUGUUUUUGAGUAACAGGAGAGAAAUCAUGAAAACUUUGAUGAUUUGCUUAUUGAUGAUUAGCAGUGUUAUGAUAAUAGGAAAUGUAGCGGAGGUUUCUGCUGGUAAAGGUAACACUACAAGAAAAAUGAAUAGCCGUAAGUAUUUAGAUCCAGGGGUGCUUGACCGUUGCUUGGGCUCUAACCCGCCACCCGAAUGUCAUAUUCCCGAUCCCAAGGACAAAACUCGUGCACCUGCUCACGACUAUCGUCAUGGUUGCCUCGAAAGUCAACACUGCCGUCCAAACUAAAACCUCACAUGGUGUUAAAAUAACAUUAACCCAAGAACCCUUACACAUGAUUUUUGAUACUAUAUUUACACAGAGACAAAGAUUAUGCACUGUGCAAUAUAUUAUUAUUAUUAUUAUCAUAUCGUUGUACAAUUAUGUUUCAAUUUUCGGACUAUUUUUUCAAGUAUUUUUUGGCACGCAA